AUGAAAGAACUUAAGCAUGAGAAUAUUGUUAGGCUCUAUGAUGUAAUUCACACGGAGAACAAAUUGACCUUGGUCUUUGAAUAUAUGGAUAAUGACUUAAAGAAAUAUAUGGAUUCUAGAAUAGUUGGUAACAAUCCUCAGGGGUUAGAAUUGAGUUUGGUGAAGUAUUUUCAAUGGCAAUUGCUAGAGGGUGCUGCUUUCUGUCAUGAAAACAAGAUUUUACACCGUGAUUUGAAACCGCAAAAUUUGCUAAUAAACAACAAGGGACAGCUCAAAUUGGGAGAUUUUGGAUUAGCACGCGCAUUUGGUAUUCCAGUCAAUACAUAUUCUAGCGAGGUAGUGACGCUGUGGUAUCGUGCACCUGACGUUUUAAUGGGCUCCAGAACCUACUCCACGUCUAUCGAUAUGUGGUCGUGCGGUUGUAUUCUUGCAGAAAUGGUUACGGGCAAACCAUUAUUUCCGGGAACAAAUGAUGAGGAGCAAUUGAAACUCAUUUUCGAAAUAAUGGGUACGCCCAAUGAAUCUUCAUGGGCUGGUAUUUCAACAUUGCCAAAGUAUAAUCCAAAUUUUCCACAGCGCCUACCCAAGGAUAUUAGAACCAUUCUACAGCCGCAUGCAAAGGAACCGUUAGAUGAUAAUUUAAUUGAUCUAUUGCAUGGGUUGUUGCAAUUGAAUCCUGAUAUGCGGUUAAGUGCCAAACAAGCAUUACACCAUCCGUGGUUUGCCGAAUAUUACCAACGUCCCCAGUAA